GGUACGGAGCCAUGGACAAGCUGAAGCGGGUGCUGAGCGGCCGCGAUGCGGAGGAGCCGAGCGGCCUGGCCGAGGUUAUCGAUGCGACUUCCUUAGGUUGGGGCACCCGAGUGAAAGGUUUCAUUGCGUGUUUUGCGAUCGGAUGCCUGUGCUCGAUCUUGGGUAGUUGUCUGCUAUGGAUACCAAAGAAAGGGCUGGUACUCUUUGCAGUGUUUUAUACCCUGGGGAAUAUUGCAUCCAUUGGGAGCACCAUGUUUCUUAUGGGACCAAUGAAACAAUUGAAGCGGAUGUUUGAGCCCACACGUUUGAUUGCUACUAUUGUUAUGCUAUUGUGUCUCAUACUAACAUUAUGUUCCGCUUUCUGGUGGCGUAAGGCAGGACUCGCGCUGCUUUUCUGCAUCUUACAGUUUUUUGCCAUGGCAUGGUACAGCAUUUCCUUCAUACCAUAUGCAAGGGAUGCUGUGAAGAAAUGUGUUUCAGUCUGUCUGUCCUAACAGGAAUACUGAAUGCCUCACAAAGUUCUAGGAAGUUCUGGGUAGAACUGUGUUUGGAUCACUGUGUUGUGUAGUUUCCUACUUCUGUCGAACACGUGCCUUUCAGCUGCUUAUCAUAAGCUGCUUGUGUUACACCGGGCAUCUGCAGUUGGCUUGGGUUUGUAAGCAAUGGUGUUUGUGGGACAGGGGGCUUGUGAUCAAAUUAAAUUCAGUCUGGCAGUAGAACUGGGCAGAGGUCCACAAUUUGUUAUGGUGAUUCUUGCAUAAAUGCAUGCAUUUGGUUUAGCAAAAGUUUCAAAGUAAUGAGUGAAGUCUAUAAAGUGAAGACCUUGGCUCUGAUGGGACUGUGCCAGUUCUAGAGUUGAAAACUGCUUACCAACAACUUGGGAUUUUUUAAAAUAGCCUUAAUCUUUGCAUUGUUUGUCUUGGAUAAUGGAAUAUUGGUAUUCUUUCUUUUCCUGUCUCUCUUGCAAAAUUUUAGGCUUUUGAAACUUCUAAAAGAUGUAAUUUGAAAAGCAAAUACGGUUGUGGACUAACCUUGAAAUGUUUGCAACUUUAAUGAAAUAUUUAAUUCUCACUCCAGACUGUCAGUCUUUCCUUAAAGUACAUGAAGGGGACAUUUUCAUCUGAAAAAUCUUGUUCCUGUUGGAAAAGCACUUGUGAAAUAAGGUCCAUUGAUGUUUUCAGCUACCAUGAACUUGAGGUCUUUUCUUUGCUCAUGAUUGCAAGGUAGGAAGCUGACAUUUUUCACAUGAAGUGAGGUGUUUCUCUUCUCCUCCAGCUGUAGCAUAAGAGCAAUGCAAAGGGCAUAGUAGGCAAGCAAUAAAAGAAUUUAUGUAUGUCCUUCCUCAAAGGACAAGCUGUCAUGAGGUAGAAGUGGGCUGUUGUUUUUAAGCAGCCUGGGUCAGGGAGAAGACAUUUUCUUCUGAACUUGUAAAUAAGUUAAAACUCCAACAUUUUUCUUUGUUUCUUUGUAAGUGGAAUCAGUUUUCUUUCUGCUAAAAUUCUUGCACACACCAGUGAACUUCUCUGCCUGGAGGAGAAAGCACAAAAUUCUGUUGCCUGUGGUAGCAAGGAAAGCGUGAAACAAUCCUGCUGCCAGCUCCAAACAAGUGCUGAGCAGUCUGUAUCCAAAUUCCAGGGCUACUCUGUGUUCUCUUUAUCUUCUGAGCUACGUAUAAUCAUUUACUCCCACAGCAUUGCAGUGGUCAGUUUAAUAUCUGAGCACAGAUUCCUGCUUCUCCUGUGUGAGAUAGUGUUUAACUGCUUUCCCCUUUCCUCUUACCAAACUGUCUUGCUGAAGCCAGUGUUUAAGAUGAUGGUUUUCUAGUGCACUCUUGUGGGAACUGAGGCAUCUCUUCCUCAAUCUACCAAGAGUUUAGUUGUUUAAGAGCAUUGUGUUUGUAUGCCAAGUGUAUCCCGGACUUGUUCUACAAAGACUUAAAUGUAGGAAAAAUCUGGAUCUACUUGGCUGUGAAGUAGAAGCUCACAGUGAAGGCAAAUAGUUCUGUGAAAGUGUCUAAGAAAUUAAUUAAUCUAAAAUCUUAAAUUUAAGUGUCCUUCUGAUAAUUUAUAAAGCUCACUACCACCCACCUGUAAGGAUCCUCUAAAAAAAAAUUUAAAGAUUCCCUUUUGCAGAUGGUAUGAAAGGGAGAUUUUGACAAGUGUUCUGUGGAUUCCAGGUGGCCAGAAUUACUGUUCAAAGGCAUUUGAAUGGAAAGAUGGCAUUGAUGUUGGGAUGAAACAAUGAUGCAGAUUCAAGUACUGCGUCCUGGAGCUUUUUUUACCUCCCAGUAUUUAGAAGUUAGUGUAGAAAUAAGUAUGUUGAGUAUUACUUUUCUUGAAAAGAUGAUUUGGUUAAAUUCCCAAGAGAGACUGGGAAUUAAAGAAAACUGAUCCUUGUUUUCCCUGGCUGAUCUAAGACAAGUGUCUUAGAUCUUAAAGUGACAAGUGUCAAUAUCUUAAACUGAUGUAAGUCUUUUUUUAUCAGGGAUUAAGUUCAAAACCUAAUUUACAUCUGUCAAAGGACCUAUGCCAGUCUUUUCUUAGGACUUUGACAAUGUUUACAGAAUUCCUUUGUAUAAGGGAAAUUGAAAUGCAACCCUAAUGCCUUUUACAUUCCAAUAUUCCUUUAAUUGUGGCAUCUCUGAAUAUCCCUGGGAGAAGCUACAAGCUUUCUCCUUCCCCUCUCCAGCUAAGUUACAUUAACUCCGAUCAUCAUUCCAGGUUCAGCAGCCAUGAUAACAGAAUUUGCCUUUUGUGAUUCUUUUUUUGAUUACUUCAGAUGAGGAAGAGUACAUACCUUUUGCUUAUUAUUCCUUGGCUAGCUUGGGCAGGGUUCUGGUAGCCUGACUCUCUGGCAGUUCUUCUGGAAGAACAGUACAAUUGGGUAUGGUGAAUAUUAGUUUUUCAAUGUGCACUAGUUCUAGCUAACUAGAACCUUUUAGCUGGCCCUUGUGAACACAGCCAAGUAGGAAGUUUAUGAAAAUACCAGUAGAUAGUACAUAAAUGGAUUUUUGUCCUUUCCUCCUCUCAGUUUAAAACUGUAAUUCCAGCUUCACAGCCUUUUAUUCAGGAAGAGAGAAGAACAAAUCUUCUUUUGACUGCACAGCACAUGAGGCUAAGCAAUUGUGCCCUUACAGGAAGGGAACUCAAGGGAAGAUGGCAAGGACACAAGGAUCACAAGAGUGCCACUGGGGUUUAUGUUGCCCUUUGGUGUUGUAUUCUGUUCCUGGGGACAUCAGACAGUAGGAGAGACUUGCCAUAUUCUUGCCAAUAUGUGAAACAUACUCAGGGUUUGUUGCUUCAUCUACAAGUAGUUUUUAUUUAAAAUAGCUCUCCCAGAACAAAACUCUUUAGAUUCUUACUCACUUUUAAAUAGUUGUAGUGAGGCUGUUGACAAGUUUAUUAGUAAAAGAAAUUUCCACUUCACUGCAAUACUUUAUUUUAUUUGAUUGUUACAUAGCUGGGGAGUAGACUAUAUGAAUAUUCCUUCUUGAGUAGUUUUCAAUCUGAAUUAGAUUAUAUCAUUAUACCUUUUUUUUGGUCAUUAACCUACUUUGUGUUACAUUUUGAUAUCAUCAGCUUUGGUUAUCUGCUUGGCAGGAAGCAUGGUGGGUAUUUCUGAAGCUUUCCAUCUCACUGUCCUUGAGGGUAGGAAUGCUUGUUGUGUGUGCUCUACUGCAAAUAAAGAGUUUAUGGUUGGAAUCACAAAGCUCCUUCCUUCCCAAAGUCCUUGCUCAGUUGCCUACAACACUAAACUCAAAGCUGACUUCCCUAAGGAAACUUUUUCAUGUUGGGUGCCCAUCUCAGUAGGAUUUGGUGUUCUAACAGAAAGUGCUUUUUGCUCAGCCUGUUGGCCAAUUUGCCCACCUUUUUUCACUUUUUGCUGUACGGAUAACAUAACCUCAACCAAGCAGCCUUAGUGUACAGUUCUAGCAGGGAAUUUGUAUAUCCUGGAUCAGCUGACUUUCCAGCUAUAUUAGAGAUGGAAAUAGGAAGGGUGGUAGUCUUCUGUUCCCAAAGUACUGAGAGUCUAUACAUUGAAAUGUGGUAAUUUUUUUUUUUUUUACUACUUCAAUAUUUUGCUCUGUUUCAUGUGGUGAGGUCCAUUAUGAAUGCUGGUACUAUCUGAAAUGGUUCAACACUGAUGAUGUGAACAAUUUCAUCUUAUUUAGUAUUUAUAGUAAUAAGAUUAUUCAUGAGCUGUUACAAAAACCAAGGAGGAAUUUUCUGCCACAAGUUGAAAUUCUUUUCAGAAACCAUGUUUUUAAAAAGAAAGUGUGUUGGGCUCUAUGUGUGCCUCAGACUUCCUGAGAACAGCUCUUCCUUCAGUUUGGUACUUAAUAAUGUUCAUAAAAGUGAGAUCACUGUGCUAUUGUAAAUGGAGGAGGAGGAGGAUGUUUAAACACAUUUGUCUUAAAUACUGAUGUUUACAACCAUAGCAAAUACUGGCCAUUUUGGAGGGAAAGCGCACAAAUGGUUUAUUGACUUAAAACCAUGUGCCUCGCUGUAAUGUGACUAAAUUUUUUACCAGCUGUGGAAUUGUUUUGUAAAAUAAAAACCAAACUCAGAAAUUCUCUGCAAUGUUUUAUACUGUUACUGAUUGUGUUUACUGCUGUGCUUUUUCUGUGUAUUUACACUGUCUGAUUUCUACUUUGAUAAACAUCUUUUUUUCUAACUUACAACUUUCUCUGUAAUGAAGUGAAACCCUUACAAGUGCUGUUUAUUUCCUUCAAUAAAGUUAUCACUGUAUUAAAUUAA